AUGGACCUCACAGGCACCAUUCCUCCCCAUCUAGACAACCUCUCAUUUCUUGUUAAGCUGCACUUCAGAAAUAACAGUUUCCAUGGUACCUUGCCCCAGGAAUUGGCCCGUUUACGCGGACUGCAGUUGAUUAACUUCGGAUUCAACAAUUUUAUGGGAACCAUUCCAGUGUGGUUCGGGUCCUUAUCCAAACUUCAAGCCUUCAAUAUUUUUGCUAUCAGGCGCGCACCAACAACCAACUAUCUAAGGGCAACAAAUAGAUUUCAUGAAAGCAACUUACUUGGCACUGGGGGUUUUGGCUCAGUAUACAAAGGCACAAUUUCAGAUGGGAUAGAUGUUGCUGUAAAGGUUUUCAAUUUACAGAUUGAAGGGGCUUUCAAGAGUUUUGAUAGUGAAUCUGAUGUGCUGAGCAAUAUUCGUCACCGAAAUCUUAUCAAAAUCAUCAGUUGUUGCAGUCAACCUGAUUUCAAAGCCUUGGUGCUACAAUACAUGCCUAAUGGGAGCCUUGAGAAGUGGUUGUACUCUCAAAAUCAAAACUCUCCUUUGAAUAUCCUACAAAGGUUGAAUAUAGUGACAGAUGUUGCAUCCGCAUUGGAAUACCUUCAUCAUGAUCAUGGUCCGAAUCAUGUUGUCCAUUGUGAUGUGAAGCCAGGCAACAUACUACUUGAUGAUGAUAUGGUUGCACAUGUUGCUGAUCUUGGCAUUGCAAGACUCUUAGGUGAAGGAGAUUCUAUGACCCAAACCAUGACCCUUGCCACAAUUGGGUAUAUGGCUCCAGAGUUUGGAAUGGAAGGAAUCAUUUCAACCAGAGGAGAUGUGUAUAGUUUCGGUAUUGUACUAAUGGAGACAUUCACAAGAAGGAAGCCAACUGAUGAAAUGUUUGUUGGGGAGAUGAAUUUAAAGCAAUGGAUUGCAAAUUCACUACUUCCAGAUGCUGCAAUUAUUGAAGUUGUUGAUGCCGAUUUACUUGGGACAGAGGAAGAUGGUGAUUUUGUGAGCAGGAGGGAUUGCUUAUCAUCCAUUAUGAGAUUAGCUCUAACCUCCAAGCCAGCGACAUCAUGCUGA